AUGGGGGAACAGUUGCUCAUCUCGGUGCGAGCUGCGGUUUACUACUUCAGAGACAACGCCUGGCAGGCCGAAGAUGGCGGCCUCUCGCUCGUUAACAUCUACCACCACCCGAUGAAGGCGGCCUAUCGCGUCGUGGCCACCUCCCAGGUCAUUCGGGACAAGGUGGUCAUCGAUACGUCGCUCUACAAGGAGCUCACCUACCAGAAGCCCGCCAAAACGUUCCACCAGUUUUCCGACAGCAAGUUUGCGUACGGCCUCAACUUCGCGUCGCAGCUCGAGGCCAACAGCUUCGCGUCGACCCUUCUCACCGCCGUGGACAAGCUCAACGAACCUGUCAGUGCGCCCACCAACGUCUCCGCGCCUGUGCUGAAGACCAACGACAAGGAGGCCAAGAAGAAGCAGAAGGAGGCGGAAAAGGAGGCCAAGCGGCAGGCCCAGGAGGAGAAGAAGAGGAAAAAGGAGGAGGAGAAGAAAAAGAAGGAGGAGGAGAAGCGGGCCAAGAAGGCCGAAAAGGAAGCGGGAAGGAAGGGCAGCUUCGCCAAGGGGCUCACGCGGAGGGACUCCAAGAUGCCCAUCGCCGAACCGCAACAGAAGGACGAAGAGGCCGCCCCCGCCCAGUCCUCUUCCGCCCACGCCACCGCAGACUCGUCCGCCGCGGCCGUCACGUUUGCGCAAGCGAAGACGACCACCGCACCGGCCGACGAUGCGCAGACGACCGCGGCUCCCGCCGCCACUGUCGAUCCGUCGCCUCGCCGCGUCGGCGAUCCGCCUGCAGCUCCAGCGGCGCCUGCGCCGCCUCCGGACCCUCCCGCGCCUCCGGCAGGCCCUCCCCCACCGCCGGCACCACAACCGAGCGCUGGAGGCCCUCCGCCUCCCGGUCCCCCGCCUCCGCCCGGCCCGCCGCCUCCCAGCGCCGCACGAGCGCCGGCCGCGGGCGGGAGCUCCAUCGCCGCCAUGGCCGCCGGUGGCCUCAAGAAGAGCUCCGGAGGCGGCGGCAGCGCCCCGCCGGCCAAGAGCGGCGGCGGCGACCCCAUGGCCGAGCUGUUUGCCAAGAUCAGCCAGAGGCGCCAGGCAGCCAACGACGGAGGAGCCGCAGGUGCGAGCGAGCCCGGAAAGAAGAGCGAUGGCGACAGCGCCGCCGCAUCGCCGUUCCCCAUGCUAAGGAAGACCGGCAAGCUGCCUGACGAAGGGUCGUCAUCGCCGGCCUCCGCCGCUUCUGGCGGUGGUGGUGCUGGGCCGAGCCCCGCGCCGUCGCAAACACCCGCAGCAGGCUCGUGGCGGGGCCGCGGUACGACGCCGGGCGUGGGCAGCGGCCGAGGCGCGCCGCCCAACCACGGCCCGCCCAACUACGGCCGGCCCUCCACGACCGCGCCGGCCUGGAGCACGCUGCGCCCGACCGGUCGCCUCGCCGGCGGCGAGGGAGGCGGGUCGUGGCCGGGCGAGAAGGAGGCCCGGGAGAAGCUCGAGGCCCAGUCGCGGGAGAUGGAGCUGCUCAAGGCCAAGCUCGAGGAGAAGGAGAAGAAGCUGGCCGAGACGGAGGACCUCAAGGCCGAGACGGCUGAUCUCAAGGCCGAGCUCGAGCAGAAGGAGAAGAAGCUGCAGGAGGCCGAGGAGCUGCGCCGGCAGCUGGAGGAGAAGCAGCGCAUCAUCGACGAGACCGAGGGCAAGCUCAAGGAGGCCGAGAAGCUGCACGAGCUGCUCGAGGAGAAGGACCGCAAGCUGACCGAGGCCAACGAGCUGCGGGCCGCGCUCGAGGAGAACCAGCGCAAGAUGCUCGAGGCCGAGGCGCUGCGGCAGGAACUGGCCGAGAAGGAGCGCCAGAUCGCCGAGGCCGAGGAGCUCAAGGCCGCCCUCGAGGAGAAGGAGAAGAAGGCCCUCGAGGCCGAGGAGCUACGCCUCCAGCUCGCCGAGAUGGAGCUCGAGCUCAAGAAGGCCGACAUGCUCAAGCUCCUGCUCGAGGAGAAGGAGCGAGAGCUGCGCGAGGCCGAAGAAUUGACCUACGCCCAGGAGAGUAAACUGGAGGAGGCGAGAGCGCUGGAGGCCACGCUGCGCGAGAAGGAGAGCCAGCUGGCGGAGGCGGCCGAGCUACGCAGCAUCCUGGAGGAGAAGGAGCGGCAGCUGGCCGAGGUCCGGGAGCUCAAGGCCGAGCUCGAGGAGAAGGAGCGGAAGCUGGCCGAGGCCGAGGACCUCAAGGCCGAGCUCGAGGAGAAGGAGGAGAAGCUCAAGGAGGCCGAGGUACUCCGCAAGCAGCUGGAGGCCCACGAGGCCAAGCUCCACGAAACUGAGUCCAAGAUGCAACUGUUGCAGCAGCAGCUGCGGGAGGAGAGCAAGGCGCUGCCGACGACCGCGUCUAUUCCGGCGUCGUUGCCCGAGGACCUGACCACCUUCGCCGCGAGCAACCACCAGCUGGCCGAGCUGCUGCACACACUGGCGCAGGCCCUGCCGCCCGUCUACGCCAUGCAGGCCGCCGCGCGACAGUACGAAUCGCGCGAGCGAGAGCGCGACCGCGACCGCGACCGCGAUCGCGAGCGUGAGCGGGACCGAGAGCGCGACAGGGAGCGCGACCGCGACAGGUAUCGCUCGACCAGCCAGCGCAGCUUCAGGAGCGGCAGCGGCAGCAGCGACAGGGACCGCGACCGAGACCGGGACAGGGACCGUGAUAGGGACCGCGACCGCGACCGCGACAGGGAUCGCAGGGACCGCAAGCGGGAGGAGAAGGACAAGCACCGCUCGUCGUCGUCGUCGUCCAGCAAGGACCGCUCGUCGGACAGGGACCGUGAUCGCGACCGGGACAGGGACAGGCGCGGCAGGACGACGUCGUCGAGAGAGGGAGGCGAGGAGGAGGAGACGUUCGACUACGAGCACGUGGAGGAGUUUGAGAACAUGACGCGCGACGUCAUGCGCAAGCUGCGGCGUGACUUCCAACACUUCCGGGACGACACGCGAGAUGUCUUCCGCGAGCAGCUGCGGGUCAUCAGGCAGUAG